AUGCGAACUUUUGUUCUUCUAUGCAUGCUCUUUGUACUCGCAUCAUGCUUCGAAGAUGAACAAUCAACUGAAUCUGCGAUUCGUUCAAAACGCAGUUAUUAUGGUGGCUAUGACUCUUAUGGAUAUGAUGGCGAUUUUUGGUAUGCUGGGAGAAUUUUCGGAAUAAUCAUUGGUUGCUUGCUGUUUUUACUUUGUUGUUGCGCUCCAUGUAUCUGCCUACUUGGAAUUUGGUUCCUCGGCUGGUUUGGUUUUCGAAAAAGCCGUCAGAAUCGACAAAACAAAGCUUCUGCUAUGGUACAACCACAAGCUGUUCCUGUGAUGAGCCAUACUCUUCCAUCAGAAGUUCCUCCCGUAUCAACAAUAUACACAUCGCCUCCUCGCACUCGUCACGUCGUCGUCGAUACUGUUCCUCCACCUCGUCAUUCAGAUCUUCGUCCAGGUGAUCAAAUCAUUUAUCAAGCUGAAGAUCGCUAUUAUUCAUCUUCUGCACCCAAUUCUAACACUCGACCUGAUCCAUAUCGCAAUAGUAACUUCUAG